CAAAAUAGUACAACAAAAAUGGGUGCAAGCAAAAAAUCAGAUCUUCAAAAAUGUGGCGAACUUUUAAUUGAAAUUAAAAAAAUAAAAUAUAAAACAAAGUCUUACAUAUUUCAAUGUGGUUUUUGCAGUGCUGAUUGUGAUCAGCUUAAAAAGUUUACUAAACACCUUGAAGAUCAACAUUUCCAUAAUUUUGAAGUCGAAAUAAAGGUUGAUCCAGAAAUAAUGGAGGAUGAACGUUCAAAUCUUUCCUUUGAUCCAGAGGAGAUCAAAGUGGAUCAGCGAAUGGAUGUAAUUGAGAGAACUGAUAAUGACACUACAAUUGCAAAUAACUCUAUUGGCCCGGAUACACAUUAUGAUCCUUUGAAGACGGAGAAAAAAACAAAUGAUACUCUAAUUUCAAAUUGUUUAAUUGUGUCUAAUGAUCCCCUGACGACGAAGGAAGCGGACAGUAAACUAAAUGAAACUCAUGAUUUAGAAGCAAACGUGAACUCAACUUGUGAAGACGACGAAAGUGACAAUGAUUAUGUUAUGAGUUGUGAUGAUUCUGGUAAUGAAAUAGAACAUGAAUACAACACAAAUUGCAGUGAUAAUACAGAUGAAGAUGAAGAAACGCCCAAGAAGAUUAAAAAGAAACUUAAUAUUGUACAAAAGUCCUACACAUCCGAUGUAAGCACUGAUGAUUCAAGAGAUUCCGAUUUCGAUAUUGAAAAGGAACUUAAUCGUUAUAAAAAGCCAAAGAAACCAAAAAAGGAAUGUAAAAAAGAUGCUAAAAAACAGAAAGAAUUAGCCGAACAAAAUCAAAAUCCAUCUCCAAAGCGCAUCUUUAAACAAAUUUUGCCAAAUUUAAUUGAACAAUAUAAAAAGCAUGAAAUCCUUUGGAAAGUAGAAAAUAUCGGAUUUGGUGUAAAACCUAUGAGAUUGGAAAUACUUGUUAAAAUAGCCGAAGAAAUAAGCUUACGUCUUAAAAAAAACAUAACUGUUGAAGGAAUACACAAUCAUCUGAAAUAUUUAAAUCGAUUAUAUAGCAAAGAUAAAAAACAAGAAUUAAUAUGUAAAAAGGAAAAUAAGGAAUUUAUAGCUGAAUCUGAAUUGUAUACUGAAAUGUCGUUCCUCAGCGAAAGUCAAGGACCAUAUUUAUGUUUGAUUUGUAAUGAAAUUAUACCAAGAUAUGACCCUUACUGUCAACAUAUGGCUCAACAUAAUGGAACACAGCCCUUUAAGUGCACGUCAUGUGAAAUGACGUUUGCUAAAUUUGAUAAAUAUGUAAUACAUAAAAAACGGCAUUUGGGCGUAUACAAUUUUUACUGUAAUGUCUGCGGUAAAGGAUAUCCAUUUCAAGCUGAAUUAGACUGGCAUUUAAGUUCCCAUACAGGUUUAAAACCGUAUUUAUGUUCCAUAUGUGGUGAAAGAUUUAGAGGUCGUUCUACUCAUGCUGAUCAUAUGCUACGUCAUCAAAAUCGUUUUCGCCACGAAUGUUACAUAUGUAAUAAAGGAUUCAUGCAUUUGCAUGGCCUUAACUCUCAUAUAAAAUGUCAUCUUAAUAUUCGUGAUGUGAGAUGUAAAAUAUGUGAUACUGGCUUUACACAUAGUAAAUAUUUGAAACGACACGAAAAAAAGUACCACCCAAACAUAUCAUAUAACUGCGAUGGUUGUGGAGAAAUGUUUUCUCUAGCAGUGGCUUUAUGUGAUCAUCGGAAAAUCUGUCAUUCUUUAGCAACAAAUGUUACAAACGAGACUUAAAAAAAAAGAACACAAAACAAAAAAUUAGUCAUUAACAAGUCGUUAAAUUUUCUUUAAAUAAAUAAAUUUAAAAAAAAAUCUAUAA